GGACUAACACGACGUCUAGCUAACCGCUAGUCACGGUGUCAAUCACAGAAGAGUGGAUAACUGUAGUAGCUCUCCAUUUCGCUACAAAAACUCAACAAGAUGUUUUUUUGCCGGCUGCAUUUUUUUACCUGAGGACUGGAACACACGGACAUCCCAAUGAGAGCGGACAUCGUAGGAUCAUCAUGUUCUCCGAGCUGAGCGCUUCAAGAGACGGCUCCUCUCUGCUAUGCCGCCCAGUAGAGGACCAGGCCCCCGUUUUCGAGAGGGCUUCCCCGGCCUACAGUCCCCACUCGGAGCGCUUUGGGGUUGGGGAUCGCAGCUUCAAUCGCCAGUAUGCUCAUAUUUAUGCAGCACGACUCAUGCAGAUGAGACCUUUGCUCACUGAAAAAGCCCAACAAAAGUGGGGAUCGGAUGUACUAGUCCGGAAACUGUGUGAUCUUCACACAGGAGAACAGUGUGUCAUUGUGGGAACUAUGUUCAAGCGUAUGGACCUGCAGCCAUCCAUCCUAAAAGAGAUCAGUGAGGAGCAUAACCUGCUGCCGCAGCCUCCCCGAACUAAAUUCAUCAGUGACAAUGACGAGUUGAUCCUGGAGGAUGAGCUCCAGAGAAUCAAACUCGAGGGCAACAUUGACAGAGAUAAGUGUGUAACAGGUAGCGUCAUUGCAGUAUUUGGAGCGGAGAGAAACGAUGGCAAGUUCACAGUGGAGGAGUUCUGCACAGCUGAUCUUCCUUUGCAGACUCUAAGACCUGCACUCAGCGCAGAUAGUUUUGUGCUGCUGGUCUCGGGGCUCGGACUUGGUAGUAGUCAUGCCGACAGUAUGCUUGGACUUCAGCUGCUGGUUGACAUGGUAACGGGUCAGCUCGGUGACCAGGGGGAGCAGAGUGGGGCGGCGACAAUCUCAAGGGUGUUGAUGGCGGGAAACCUCCUAAGUGAAAGCACACAGGAUAAGGAUGCCUCCGUCAAGGCCAAAUACCUGACCAAGAAGACUCAAGCUGGUAGUGUGGAGGCCAUCCGCUUGUUGGAUGAGCUGCUGCUCCAGCUUGUGGCAUCGGUCCCAGUGGAUGUGAUGCCCGGCCAGUAUGACCCCACCAACUACACGCUGCCCCAGCAGCCUCUGCACCGCUGCAUGUUCCCCUUGUCUUCGGUCUACCCCACCCUGCAGCUGUCCUCUAACCCGUACCAGGCCACUGUGGAUGGAGUGAGGUUUCUGGGCACGUCUGGUCAGAAUGUCAGCGACAUUGAGCAGUACAGCAGCAUGAACAGUCACUUGGAGAUUCUGGAGGAAACACUGCGACUACGCCACCUUGCUCCGACAGCACCGGAUACACUCGGUUGUUACCCAUUUUAUUUGAAAGAUCCGUUCAUCUUGGAAGAGUGUCCCCAUGUUUACUUCAGCGGAAAUGCCCCUUCCUUUGAGUCAAAGCGUCUAACAGGUCCUGAUGGCCAGGAAGUCCUCUUGGUCACUGUCCCAAAGUUCAGCAGCACCCAAACAGCAUGUCUUGUCAACUUACGCACUCUUACAUGUGAGCCGGUCAGCUUUUCUGCCUUUUCCACCGGUGAAGACGAGGAGAGCGAGAUGAACAUCAGCCACUAAGGAUCUGUAUACCGUAUGACCUUUUAAAAUAGGCACACAUAUCCCGUGAGUGAGACCAUGUUAUGAAAGGUUUACUUAGUAAUAUGAAAUCUAUAUCCUUUUGAAACCACAUUUCUUACACAUGCUCUUUAUGUAUGAGGAAACACUUUCAGAUGUUAGUUAAUCUAAAGUACAGUAUAUUGUUCCAUGGGUGAAGACCGUGUAAAUAAUGACAUCUGGUGUAAAAACAAAUAUUUUUUAAUGUGCAUCUGCAAUAAAAUUCAUGUAUAAAAAGUCUU